GGGGUUUUAAAAUAUUUAAAAUUCAAAAUGAGUGACCCACAAGGGGAUUCUAUAGUUAGCUUUGAGCCUUCGUGUUUGGAUACAUCUAGUUGUGCGCCGAUACCUGAUGAGCUUGAGACUAGUUCGGAAGGAUCUUUUGUAUUUCAUACUCAGGAAUAUCAAGAUAAAGAGCCGGAUUCUUUCUCAAAACUAGAUGGGAAUUAUACAACUAUUCCAUUUAACACUUUAAAUCAAGCAAUCAGCAAGAAGGAAGAAUCUAUCAAAAUAAUUUCACCGCUUCAAGAGAGAACAAAUGAAUGGCUUAACGUUGAAAGGUUUGCUCAAAAUGAAAUUAAGCCUGACACUGAACUAGAAGAAGCACUAAAUCAAGAUCUCAAGAGUGUUCAACAAAGUGCAGAAAAAUAUGACCCAGGGAACCUCAGAGGGGUCUUCACCCUCAAAAUAGAUAUGACAGAUGACUCAGACAAGCAGGAUAAAAAUAUUUACUUUACGAAGGAAGAUGGCACAGUUAAGAGACUUAUCUUCACAAAUGCUCUUGCUUUUAGCAACGGGAGACAAUCUCAGGAGCUCUUUAAUGCAUUUAAGGAACAAGAUAAGGAAAAUAUUCAGAAUUUGGCUAAUCUUAACAAGAAUUUCUUACCUCCAAAACCACAAAAUCGGAUGCUAAAAAGAUGCCAAACUCAUAAAGGAGCUAUUGGGCGCAAAGCUAAGAGAAAGAAACAGCCUGAUCGAAUGACUGUAGAAUUUAAAAAGACCAAAAGGUCGUUGAGCAAAAGGCAGAGCAAGUUAAGAGCAAACAGUAAGAAGCUGAACCAGAAACUUGACCAUAUGCAGAAGAGUAUUCAAAACCAAUUUCUCUGACAUCCUUAUAAUAGAAAAUCAAGAAGCAAAUCGGAUGUAAUGAAGCUUUUGAAGCGAAAUUCCUAUUUUGGCAGUGUAAGAUCUACCACACGACUUCCAAAAGCCCAGCGGGGCUCUGCUAAUUACCAAAGCCAUCAGUGCUAUAUCCAAGACUUGGCUACAACGGCUGAGAUCCACCGAAAUACAUCAACUCCGUCCUUCGGAAUUGAGCCAAAAUCCCAAAAUGAUCCAAAGCCAUUAUACAAAGUUCUAAAUUUGAGAAAGGACAGGUUUAGCUUACAGAACAAGAACGCACCAAAGAAUGAAGUCUUAAUCCAAGAUUAUUCUACUAUUGAAAAGGAAUACCAUACUCAGACCGAGUCCAAGAAUAUGACCUCAGCCGAGCAAACUUACAAAGACCCAGUAACUACUAAAACCAAAAUAUCCACACCUAAAAACUCUUCAAAAGCUUCUAAAACCUCAAAAUCUGAAAUAAUCUUUGAAAUUUCUCCUUGUGAAGCCACUAAAACUACCACUCUCUACAACAAUACUCUUAACAAAAACAAGGAAUGUUGUAUAAAUAAUGAUGGUUCUCAUAAAGGAAAUGUUCAGAUUUUGUGUGCUACAGGAACAAAUUUUAAUAAGCUGCAUCCACAUAAGACUUUGGGGUACCCAGUGAGGAAGUAUUCGAAGAGAGGGAUGAACAGGGGUGAAGGAAAGGGAAGGAAGGAGUGAAGGAAAGGAAGUAAGGUUAGAAAUGUGAGGUAA